GAAUAAUAUUUAUUAUAGUUAUUAUAAUGGAGCCCGGGCAUCUAACGAGGCCCAAUCGCCAUCGUCGUCGUCUACCUACCCGUCGGUCAGCGCCUCUCCUCUUCCCCUCGCUGCAUAGGCAACCCAAUAAUUGAAAUCAACCCUAUCCCUUUUCCGUCCCUUUCCCGUCACCGUCCCAGCCGCCCUCUCUGCGUCAUCCCAAUCUCUCCCACCUCCGAUUUCCAGACAUGGAUGCUAAAGAUGAUGAUGCAACAAGCAUGAUGGAGCAUUCAAAGAAGAGGUCUAAAAGGUCAAAUAAAAGCAAAGAGAACAACAAUAUGAAGAAUGGCCUACACAAUCAAGAGAAACUUGAGGGACACAACAUAUUUGAAGAAGGUCAUGCCACUGAAAGCAGGGAUUGGCUUGAAGAUGUUGAAGAGAAGAAGAUGGAGGUACGCGUUGCAGAUGAAGAGAAUGUUCAGGGCCCCGAUUUUCUUGAGGAAGGAAGUUUCACAAAGAGGAGGGAGCGGACUGAAGAUUUUGAAAACAAAAAAGAGAAAAAAAGGAAGAGAUAUGUUAAGUGCAAUGUGAUUGAGUCACAUCCAGGGGAUGAGUGCAUUGAAGGUUGUACUGAGAUGGCCAGAACGAAGAAGAAGAAGAAGAAAGAGGAGAAAAGAAAGAAAAAAUGUGAUGUUUGUGUUGGUUCAAAAGAUAUUGGGUCAGAAAGUCUUGCAACUAUUGAAAGCGAGAACAUUAGCAGGAGGAAGAUGGCUGGAAAUGUUCCUAAAGAUACAAAGAGUCAAAAAAACUUGGAGGUUUUUCCUGAUUGUGGUGAUGUUCUUGAUAAGGGAGAGCAAAAAAUCAACAAAGUGGAAUUAGUUCAAGGUAAGAGGUUCUCAAAAGAAGAGGAUGACAUCAUCAAAGAAGCUGUCUAUAAGUUCGUAGAGAGGCAUGAUUUGGGUGAUGAAGGGUUGGAUAUGGUUUUUAACACACGAUCUUUUACAAAUCUGAGAGGCUGCUUGAGUGAAAUUGGGGCUGCCAUUCCUUACCGACCUAAUAAAUCUGUCUACAUGCGUGCUGUUAAGAUUUUUCGUAAAAGUGAAAGCCCUUUGACUGAAGAAGAGUAUGAAUUUGUAAAAGAGUAUCAAGAAAGACAUGGGAAUCGAUGGGCAGACAUGGCCAAGAAACUUGGCAAAUUUGGGGGCCAUGUCUUUAAUGCAUGGGUCAGAAGAAGGUUGCCCAAUAUGAAGAGGGGACGCUGGUCUCAGGAGGAAUAUAAAACUUUGUUUGAUUUAGUGAACAUUGAUCUGCAAUUGAAGGUUUAUCAAGACAAGAAAACCAAUCACGGCAUGCUGCGCGACAACAUCUCUUGGACAGCAAUAAGUAAUAAAUUGGGGACACGAAAUCUCCCAACAUGUUGUAGGAAGUGGUACCACCAGUUAACUUCACCAAUGGUCAUGGAAGGCAAAUGGGCCGAUUCUGAUGAUUAUCGGCUUAUAGGUGCAUUGUAUGACUUGGAUGCAAGCUGCAUGGAGAAUGUGGACUGGGACAAUCUUCUUGAUCACAGGUCUGGCGAAGUGUCUCUGCAGCGUUGGAAGCAAAUGGUUCGCCACAUUGGUCAUUAUGAGAACAAAUCAUUUGCGGAACAAGUUGAAGUUCUGGCAAGUAGAUAUUGCCCUUACUUGCUUGAAGCAAGGGAUGCCUGGGAUAACAAGCCUCUUGUGCCAUGAAUCCUUGUUAUCUUUUCACUGCAAUGUGUCGGCAAUUGGAGAUAUGUUUUUGUUCUUUAACUUGUGUUUUAAGGCUCCAUUUGACUUUAGUUUAGAAUUUCCUUCGGCUUUUCUGAAAAUGCUAUCUAACGUGGCUAAUGUAGUGGUUGGUGUGCACCAUUAAUCUGAAUAGCAAGCUUUGCUUUGACUUCACAAAAAAGAAUUGUUUUAAUUUCUAGCCAGAAUUUCUUUAGUAUAGAGAUGUUUUUGUAAUUUGAUGUGUUUGUUAGUACAGAGUACUCCGUAUUAGAUAUCUUUCAAGUAUGUAUCAUUGAUUGUUUCCUUGGUCACUUGGAUGUGCCUAUAUUUGGGUUUGACCUAAAACAAUGGUUUGGGUGAUGUGU